UCACCUCGCUAGUGUAUUGGCUGGAGCCGCGAAGCCGCAGUCCGCGGGGUCUGGGCACUGCUGUGUCAGAGAUGGCUUCCUACUUCGACGAACAUGACUGCGAGCCGCUGGACCCCGAGGGGGAUGCCCGAACCAACAUCCUGCUGGAGAUCGCGAGGUCUCUCUUCAACAGUGUGGACUUUGGAAACCUGGGGUUGGUAGAUUGGGAUGACCACCUGCCUCCACCUGCUGCCAAGACUGCGGUUGAGAGCCUCCCCAGGACCGUCAUCAGGGGCUCUCGGCCUGAGCUCAAGUGCCCCGUGUGCCUUUUGGAAUUCGAGGAGGAGGAGACUGCCAUUGAGAUGCCUUGCCAUCAUCUCUUCCAUUCCAACUGCAUUCUGCCCUGGCUAAGCAAGACAAAUUCCUGCCCGCUCUGCCGCCAUGAACUGCCCACUGAUGAUGAUACUUAUGAAAAGCACAAACAGGAUAAGGCUCGCAAGCAGCAGGAGAAGCACCGACUGGAGAGCCUGCAUGAAGCCAUGUACACAUGAAGCAGCUGGGGCCACGCAUUGGUCCUCCACGUCCUCCUCUUGCACCUCAGACCCUCAUUAAAGGUUUCUUUACACACA